AUUAAUAAAUAUAAACAAAUAAGAAACUACCAACUCGACAUAGCGAAAAUGAAUGAAUCAACAGAGUUACUCAUUGAGCCCCCGCCAAUUUGGCCUGACAUUAAAUUAGAAUUACGAGAAUACAUUGAAUGUCCUGAACGAUUACCUAUACAUCAGUUGGACAAUGCUCAAUGUUACUGGCCACGCAAACCUAAUGUUUGUUCAUUAUUGGAGUUCGAUUUGGCUCCGAUUAAUACUACGUUGAAGUAUGAUCGCGAUCCAAUAACAGGCAAGAUUGGUGAGAUGCAGGAGAUUCUCUUGCAAGGUGCAGGAGAAACGGCAAGGAAUUCUAUGUCUAUGACUCGUGCACCUGGACCACUUAUGGAUGGAGUUCGAGGUAAUUCUAGUAAUAUUCCUUUUUGGCCUGGUGGAUUUGAAGAACCUAAAUUGCCUGAAAAUGAAUUCCUAAAUGAUAUUGAUUUUGAAAAGGAUUUGAGGACAUUAGCCAAAGGAUUUAGCUCGGGUAUAGAAUUUAAAAGCGACAAUUGCACACCGAUUAAUUGCACAACGAAUGAAACAGAAAUGGAAAUUAAAAAGUCUGAAGAAUUAAAAAUCAAUGAUAAUAUCAAUUUAAUGGCUGUUAUACACGAGGAGGGAAAUUCACUUGGUGUAUGGUCUUUGGAGUCGAAAAAGGAGAACGUUCAAAUUUCGGACAACAAUAUUCCACUUAUAGAGAUUCCCGUUUUGCCUGAAGAGAUGAAUAUACCUGUUUUGAAAAUAUCAGAAAAACAAACAGAAUUUGCAAAGACAGAAUGGGCAGAACAGUUGGAUGUGUCUGCACCGAUAACUGAUUUUGAUAAGAGAGUACCUGAUCCAGCAAUUAAAUUUGAUUAUGAAUUAGACACUUUUCAGAAGCAAGCUGUUCUCAAGUUGGAGGAAAAUUGCAAUGUCUUUGUUGCUGCACAUACAUCAGCAGGAAAGACUACUGUUGCUGAAUAUGCCAUUGCAUUAAGUCAAAAACAUAUGACAAGAGUGAUUUAUACAUCGCCCAUAAAAGCGUUAUCAAAUCAGAAAUAUCGCGAUUUUAAGAGAAAAUUUGAAAGUGUUGGAUUAAUAACGGGUGAUUUGCAAAUAAAUCAAACUGCUUCAUGCUUAAUCAUGACAACAGAGAUCCUACAAUCAAUGUUGUAUUGCGCAUCCGAUGUUUUACGAGACUUAGAAUUUGUCAUCUUUGAUGAAGUGCAUUAUAUAAAUAAUGAAGAUAGAGGUCAUGUAUGGGAGGAAAUUGUCAUUCUUUUACCUCAAACUAUCAAUAUAGUAAUGUUAUCUGCGACUGUACCAAAUCCUAUAAUAUUUGCGGAUUGGGUCGGUCGUAUCAAAAAGCGAAAGAUGUACGUGAUUAGCACUUUGAAAAGGCCAAUACCUCUUCUGCAUUACUUAUACACUGGUACUGAUGGUAAAACUAAAGAUGAUAAGUUUCUAGUCCUUGAUGGCAACAGUCAAUUUUUAUUGGAUGGGUGGUAUAAAGCGACUAAUUCAUCUGCUCCAAAAAAGGAUAAAAAUCCAAAGGAUUAUAGGAGAAGAAAUCAGAUGACUCCGAGACAAGAAGAAGUAUUGUGGAGAGCAUUUAUAAGUCAUCUCCAAAAAAAUGAUAUGUUACCUGUCGUUGUAUUUACUCUGUCGAGAAAACGCUGUGAUAUGAAUGCUGCCACGUUGAGAAAUCUCGAUUUAACAACCGCGAGGGAGAAGCAUCAAGUGCAUGCAUUUUUUCAAUCUAAUAUAAAAAACCUAAAGGGUAGCGAUAGAGAAUUACCGCAAGUACUUAUGAUGCAAGAACUUCUGGAGAAAGGCGUGGGUGUACAUCAUAGCGGGAUAUUGCCAAUUUUAAGAGAAAUUGUAGAAAUGUUAUUCCAAAGUGGAGUUGUAAAGUUACUCUUUGCGACAGAAACUUUCGCCAUGGGAGUCAAUAUGCCGGCUCGCACGGUGGUGUUUGAUUCCAUACGAAAGUUCGACGGGAACAACUUUCGUAUCCUCUACCCAACCGAAUACAUACAAAUGGCUGGUAGAGCCGGACGGCGAGGUCACGACACAACGGGAACAGUUAUAGUGAUGUGCAGAUACGACGUACCGCAUUUUAACGACCUGAAACCUAUGAUGUGCGGCGAGCCGCAGACGUUGGAGUCGAAAUUCAAAGUCACGUAUUCCAUGCUCUUAAAUUUGAGAAGGGUGAACGAAUCCGUCACCGUUGAAGCGAUGAUGCGCAAGUCUUUCAAGGAAUCACCGCUGGCUUCGCAGGAAGCGACAUAUAGCAACGAAUUACGAAAACUCGAGCGAGAGUUAUCGAAUCUGCCGCCUUUGACUGAGAUGCAGAAGAAGCUGUGUACGUUUUAUCAAGUGGCAGUCGAUUAUUUAGAGGACGUAAAAUUCUUAAAUCCCUAUUUGUUCGAAUGCAAAAAGUCUGGAAAAGCUUUGACGGAAGGCAGAAUCUUGUUAAUAUCGUAUGCGAAUCAUUACAACAAAUUAGGCCUAUUACUGCAAGUCUUGCGUCAUAAAAGUUCCAUCCAAUACAGAGUAUUGAUACUCAAGGACGCGGACGCAUCCAAUUCCGAGGCUGCUGAAUUCAAGAGUCCUCAGAUAUACGAAAAAUGGUGCGAAAUUAUUAGUCUCACGAAAAAAAAGAUAUUCGUCCCGAGCUCCAAUGCAUCGCACGAAGUUGUGACUUUGUACCCGUGGCAUAUACUGAAGAUAACAAAGUGUCAGAUAAAAGUCGAUUGCUCUUUAAUACUGAAUGAUUGGGAAAAGAGGCAAAUCUCACGAUUCAAAAACGAUCCACCAGGACAGACGUGUCAGACGGCGGUUCAAGAAUUAACUUCUCUAUCAUUUAACGCUGCCGCAAAUGCUGAAGUUUUAUGUCCGUAUAUCGAAGAGACCUCUCUGAGGAGAUACGAUGUUCAAUUGCAGCAUAGAAACAAAUUGAAAAAUAAACUUACCGACAUGAAAUGCAUGGAAAUACCAAAUUUCGAAGAACAGUUUAAAUCUGUAUUUGAACGAAAUCAACGCGAGGAUAAAAAGCGACAGCUCCAACUCAAACUUAGUGACGAAGGAAUGGCACUGUAUCCGGAUUAUCUGAAUAUGGUGGCGUUGCUCAAACAUUUGAGAUAUAUAGAUAGCGAUGAAAGAGUUGGUUUAAAAGGAAGGGUCGCACUGCAAAUGGGUAGCAACGAAUUGCUGAUAACGGAGUUGAUUCUCAAGAAUGUGUUAACAGUUUUACAACCGGCAGAAAUAGUAGCUUUGCUGUCAGCGCUGAUCUUUCAGCAACGCACAGAUUCGGAACCUAAGCUCACCCCGAAUCUCGCUAAUGGUUGCAAGAUAAUGAAUGAGGUGCAUGCGGAUCUGGAACGUUUAGAGCAACAGUAUCAAUUAUCAACGAUUCCACCGUUGAAUAUCGGUUUGGUGGAAGUUGUUUACGAAUGGGCACAGGCUAAAUCCUUUGCGGAGAUUAUGAAAAUGACUGACAUCCAAGAGGGAAUUAUAGUUCGAUGCAUACAGCAACUCGGCGAAACCUUGCGAGAUGUCAAAAACGCGGCUGUGACCAUAGGUGAUCCCAUUUUGAAAGAAAAGAUGGAGGAAGCUUCGACUGCAAUAAAACGCGACAUAGUUUUCGCCGCAUCUUUAUACACUCAAGAUUAGUGAGUCAUAAAAUAUAAAAUAAUUAAUAUAAAUCAUUUAUAUAACUGCUAGAAAAAUGUAUUUCUUUUAUAUAAAAAUAAUAAACCGAAUAUACAUUGUUGAAAAUGUAAUCUAUUUGUAAAAAAUAUUUUGUCGCAAUAUAUAU